AUAAGUGAUAUUUGACAUUGAAUAUUUAAUUAUUAAUAAAUAAAAAUAAUUAUCUUUCAUUGUAUAUUUGCUGUUUACAAGCUUGCAUUUGCAUGCAUGCUGUUUGUAUCCAUAUUCGUCGUUAGCUGUCCUUUGCUGGUGUGAACACGCCGCACUUUUUCAUUGUCAUCUCCGACGUUUCAUCCUCGUAGACAUCACUCUCUGUCUGUCUGUCUCAAGAUUUUGGAAUCUUCAAUCAGACGACAAUCAACCCUCUCUUUUUCUCACUUCAUCGAUCAUUUCAAUCAACAUUUCGAAACAAAAACUUCUCUCAGGCCUCAAUAUUUGGGUACCCACUCCAGGUGUUCGACGAAAAGACUGUGAGAGAUGGAGUUUUCACUAAAGCAUCACAACAGAGGAAGAAACGUUUACGAGCCAUCCGACACCGAAACUGAUUGGCCCGACAGUCCCAGACGCCACAUCAGACAACAACCUGGUAUUACGGGAUUCGAUCAUACUAGGAACAACAAGAGUCCUCUGACCAGGAUGCCAUCAUCAACCAUGCUUCAAAUGGACCCUCCAUUUUCAGGUCCUGCUCGAAGAAAAUCGAGCAGGUCUCCCUAUAAACCUCGCGUAGACGGUGGUAAUAAUGUUUGUCUGUUUUCGCAAUCCGAGCGGAGGAUUGUCAGUCCUGAUAACAACAGAGAAAAUUUAAGUCCCUUCUCGAUAUCCGAACGCAGGAGGUUUAUCUCUCCGUAUAGGCAGAAUAAUAAUCACGAUUCGAGUAAACCAAUUGAUGCAUUCAAUAAUAGUAGCAAGAGGGGAGCAUCUGCUCCUCGAGCAAGACGGAGAGAAAGAGGGCAACCAAUCGAUCGUUUCCCCUCGGUAGGUGAAAUGAAUGAAAUGGUUGCAAAUGCUCAGAUUUCUCGAGUAUUGAGUGGCCAUGUUCAGAACUUUGAUAGCACCGACUCCAUUUCUCCUGGAGACAUUUUCUUUUCGAGGGAAUAUCCUGGAUUUCAGAAUGCUGUCUCGACGAAAAAUACAAGGGUGGACCCCACUAGAUUUGUCAACAGAAAUCCUGGUUCCAAUCAUCGAAACUCUAGCUUUGCUGAGAGCAGACAGAGUAGGGUGAGUAACUCGAGCGGUAAGACGAGUGAUAGUACGAAAAAGUUCAUUGAGAAUAGAAGGAAAAGCCAGGGCGAUGCGUGGUUUUCUUGUCUCAAGAAAGGGUCUUGUAAUACAUCGCUUCAUAAAUCAUCGGAAAAAGAACGGACAUUCGAUGAAGCUUCGUUUAUCGAGAAGGCAAUUGUGGUUGAGAGCUUGCGGCCGUUUUGGGCUGAUAAACAUCAGCCUGCUUCGUUGAUCGGGUUCACUUGCCACAAGCAAGAAGCUCUGUUUCUUCAAGAACUUGCAACCAGUGAAAUAUUUCCGCACAUUUUGCUGAAAGGACCUCAUGGUUCGGGUAAGAAGGCACUGACGAUGGCUCUUCUACGUGAAAUAUAUGGGGAUCCCGUUUGGAAUAUAUCUCACAAUUUACGAUAUUUUCAUAUUCUGGAAUCGAAGCCCACGCAAGUUGUUGUUCCUGUAACUUCAAGCCCUCACCACGUGGAACUCAACGUUCACUCGGAGCCAAAAGCAGCAUUUGCAUUAACAGCUUUAGUGAAGCAAAUAAGCAGAGAUUACGCAGUCGCCCCUGAAAUCAGCACUGUCGAUACAAAAUCAGAUUAUAAAGUAUUGGUUCUCUAUGACGUCGAUAAAGCCACAGAGAAUGUGCAGCACCUAAUAAAAUGGAUAAUGGAUGGGUACUCGGAUUCUUGUAAACUCAUUCUUUGCUGUGAAGAUGAUUUAGAUGUACUUGAAUCGGUUACGAACCGCUGCAAAGUUGUUACGGUUGAAGCUCCUGCUACUCAUGAAGUGAUGGAAGUUCUUAAUCAGAUUGCUAGAAAAGAAGGUUUUGAAUUAUCAACGAGGUUCGCUGCUAAUAUUGCGAAUAAAUCAAAGCAAAACUUGAGGAGAGCAAUCAUGGCUCUUGAAGCCUGCAAAGCUCACAACUAUCCUUUUGCCGACGACCAACCUAUUCCACUAGGAUGGGAAGAGGCACUUGUUGAACUUGCAGCAGAUAUUUUAGCUGAUCCAGUGCCAAAGCGAUUGUUCAUCAUCAGAGGGAAGAUUCAAAAACUUCUUUCGGACUUUGUUCACCCUAAACUAAUUCUCUUGAAACUUGUUGAACAAUUCCUCAAGGGAAUAGAAGCCACUCUGAAAAGGGAACUGUACUAUUGGUAUGCUUACUAUGAUAAGAGACUCCCAACUGGAACAAGUGCCUUACUAAAGCUCGAAGAAUUUGUGGUCAAGUUUAUGAGCAUAUAUAGGAAGAGUUCGUCCAAUCGGCAGUUAUCAUAGUGUAGAAUAUGGUCCAAAGGAACAUUCUCCGAUUUUUAAAAAGGAAAAGACACAGUAACAACAAUACAUGAGAAGACAAAACAAUAUGGGAUUCUUGUAAUAAAGUGAUGAAUUCAUGCUUCUUCACCUUUUUUAUGACCUUUAUUUAUUCCAUAUAAUAAUCUUUAUUCUGUGGAACUUGUAAAGAAUCCAUCCUUUUUAUCCAUCUUUGGCUUCAGUUUUUU